GAGGUAAAAUACCAGAAGCAUCAAUUUUAGUGAACAGAACCAGAGACGACGCCAAGAAAGAGAAAAGGAGAGUGUGUGAGUGCGAGAAGGAAUUCCUCAAAAGAGUCAAUGAGGGAAGAAGGAAUUAGCUCAUCGGGAGACCCGUUAAUUUUCUCCAAUUCUCCCCCUCCUCCUCCUCCUCCUCCUGCUGCUGCCAGUUCCGCUGGGGCAUCAUCACCAGCUUUUGCCACGAAUGCUGGCAGUACAGAUUGGUUGAGUCAUGGUCAGGGAUCCAAAGCAGGUUCUCUAUCUCGGAUUAGUUCGCAGCCCAUGUGGAUUUCAUUAAGUACAAGUGCUGGUGGUUCAGCUCUUGGCUCGUCCCAGCCUUCAUGUAGACCAUGGGAAAGGGGUGAUCUACUAAGACGAUUGUCCACAUUUAGGCCUGCAAAUUGGUUUGGAAAGCCUAAGGCUGCUAGUUCGCUUGCCUGUGCUAGGAGAGGUUGGGUGAAUGUGGAUGUUGAUAAGAUUCAGUGUGAGUCUUGUGGUGCAAAUCUGAAAUAUAAUGCACCGGAUUCAUGGACUCCUACAGAAGGCGAUAAUGGUGGAGAAGAAUUUGGCAACCAGCUUGAUGAAGGACACAAUGUCACUUGUCCUUGGAGAGGAAACAGCUGUGCUGAAAGCCUAGUGCAAUUCCCUCCUACUCCUCCAUCAGCCCUAAUAGGGGGUUACAAGGACCGCUGUGAUGGACUCGUUCAGUUUCCUUGUCUACCAGUUGUGGUUGCUUCGGCGCUGGAGCAGAUGAGGGUUUCAAGAGGUCCCGAAAUUGACCGCUUUCUGGUUCAGUCAUGUGCUUUUUCUGUUGGGGAAUCUGGAUUUAAGGCAGAAAUUACAUCUGAUAUAUGCAUAUAUUCACGUGCCCAGAAGUUGAUAAGCCUUUGUGGAUGGGAGCCAAGGUGGCUUCCAAAUGUUCAAGACUGUGAAGAGCAUUCUGCUCAAUCAGCUAGGAAUGGCUGUUCUUUCAGUCCUAUUAAAGAUUGUGACCCGCAGCAAGAUCGAGGCCCUAACAAGAAAACAUUGUCUGCUUCAACCAAGAAGGGUCCUCUAAAGAAUGAACCGCCGUCAAAAUUCGAAUCUAGAUCCCCUUUGUUAGAUUGUAGCUUAUGUGGUGCCACAGUGAGAAUCUUGGACUUUCUGACUGUUGCUCGUCCUGCUUGUUUUGCUCCUAACAACAUCGAUGUUCCUGAAACAAGUAAAAAGAUGGCACUUACGCGUGGAGUGAGUGCAGCUAGCGGAAUUAGUGGGUGGGUCGCUGCUGAUGGCGUGGAGAAAGAGCAGACAGAGGAUAUUGAUGAAGCUGCAACUACAGGGGAUGGGAAGUCGGUGUCAAAUAUCGGGGUGGAUUUGAAUCUUACAAUAGGCAGUGGAUUUUCUACCGCACAUGGGCACAAGAGAGGGAUAUCUGAACUAUACCAAGAUGCAAAUAUAGGGAGGGAUCUAGCUAUUGGUCAGCCAGCCGGUAGUGAGGUUGGCGAUCGUGCAGCAUCAUAUGAAUCCCGCGGUCCCAGUACUUCCAAAAGGAACUUGGAUGAAGGUGGGAGUACUGUUGAUAGGCCACAUGGGAUGAUUCGCCAGGCGGAUAGUGUCGAGGGUGUUGUCAUUGAUCGUGAUGGUGAUGAAGUAAAUAAUAGCAAGUUGUCCCCUGGCCCUUCUAAACGUGCACGUGAUUCUCAUACCUUUGAAUCCUACCAGCCAUCAUACAGGAGAGACGCAUCUGGUGCCGGUCCUAGCCAGACCUUAUAUUUUGAUAUUGGAAAGGCUGGUCCUCCCAGUCAAGGGCAUGAACCAGCUGCUGGUUAUCCAUCCACUAAAGAUUCAGCAAGAGCUUCCUCUGUUAUUGCAAUGAAUACAGUUUGUCAUAGUGCAGACGAUGAUUCUAUGGAAAGCGUUGAAAAUCAUCCUGGAUAUGUAGAUGAAGCCAAUUAUCCUUCUUUUUCAGCACCCAAGAGCCCUGAUAUUAACGAAACUUCAGAUUUGAACCUCAGUAUUCAGGCACAGCAAAGUACUUGCCCUCCUGCAGUUAGAGUUGCUGGUGAGAUAGGUGUUAGCAGCACCAAUGAUGAGGAAGUACUCAACACCGAGACUGCCACUGUUCAUGGGAGGGAUGGUCCUAGUUUUGCUAUUAGUGGAGGAAGUGUUGGAAUGGGUGCUAGUCAUGAAGCCGAGAUUCAUGGCUCUGAUGCUCUGAUUCAUAGGACGGAAAGUGUGGUUGGUGAUAUGGAACCAGUUACUGGAGUGACUGAGAACCAAGGUCAAACUGGCGAAUUUGCUGCAGAUCCUGGACCGAUGGGUGAUUUUGUCCCUGUAGAACUGCAACACGAAUAUCCUCGUGGUGAGAGUCAAGAGCUAAUGUCACGGUCAGGAGGAAGGGCAGAUAGUGGCUCGAAAAUUGUUGGUUCAGCCAAGGCGGAAUCUAUUGAGAGUGGUGAAAAAACCAGCGACUUGAAUCUCUUACCCAAUGAACAAAGCUCCCACCCUUCUCUCUCUUGCAAUGCGGUUGUAUGUUCUGGCCUUGAAGCAUCUAAGGAUGAAGUAAUGCAGGUAGGCAAGUCAUCUCCUACCGAUGAAUGUGGCUACCCUAGUUAUCCAGCUGCAAAUGGGAUAGGGCCUCCACAUGGAGAAAGUAACUUUGAAGAACCUGUGGAGUUUGAUCCAAUUAAGCAUCACAAUUUUUUCUGUCCUUGGGUGAAUGGCAAUGUUGCUGCAGCUGGGGUUAGUGUCGGUAAUGGUGCCAGUUCCAGCGCUAGUGCCGUAGCACAUUGUGGCUGGCAGCUCACAUUAGAUGCUUUAGAUGGCUUCCAAGGGCCUGAACCAAAUCAAACCGUUGAAUCUGAAUCAGCUGCUUCAAUGUACAAGGAUGAUCACCAAGUUUCUGGUCGAAAACUCAUGACACGGCAAUCCUUCAGCCGAAGCCAUGGCCAGAAUUGAAAUCGUCAAUCACCGAGUGGUUUGUGUACUUUUGUUGCAGUCAGUAGCCAUGGUUGCCCUGACAGCAGUACAAGAAAAGUGGAACAAGUCAUCUCAUGAUGGAGCUGAGCUAUCUAUGGACCAUUUUAGUUCUAAGUAUUUAUGGAGAACUGUGAAUGUACCUUUUAAUUUCACCUUUGUUUUACCUCUUUUUCUUGAUGGAGCUAUCCAUAAUAACCCAUUCCCAAUUCACCAUCAAUGGAUUCUUUGUGAUUAUAGAAAUAUAAAGUGGACUCAUUUAUUGUUAAC